AUGACAAAGGAGCAACAAAAGGAACAGGCCAGACCGAUUGCAAUGCCCCCGAUCCAGGCGUACUCGCAGCAGUCGCGGUUCCACAACGAGACUGUGGUGACGCUCUCCAAGGACGUUGACCUGCGCGACGUCAACCUGACCAUUGGCGACGUUGAUAUGCUGGUUGACAGCCGCCUGUGGUUCAAGGCUGGCUACCAUUACGGCUUUAUCGGGCGCAACGGAGUCGGAAAGUCGACGCUGCUGAACGCUAUUGGCAACAAGACGCUUAUCGGCUUCCCAGAGAACAUCCGCACUCUCUACGUGCAGCAGCUUGACGUGCUCGAAACCAACAUCACCGUGCUUGAGGCUGUUUUGGCAGCCGACGUCGAGCGCCAGAAGCGUGCCAAUGAUGUGCAAGCCCUUGAGGCAGCCGUUGCCGAUCCUGUGACGUUAAAGACAGCACUGGACAAGUACAUUGCGCGUAUCGCCACCGAGCGCAUCACGCAGGCACAGACCAUUGCAACCAUUCGCAGUGGCAAGCGUGGAAAGGUUGCGCGUGCUGCUGCUCUCAAGGCUGAGCACAACAUGCUGGCUGAGGUCCGCGGUCAGCUCUACACCAAGGGCAAGAAGGACAGUGAUGUAGCUGCCGACGUGCUUACUACCCUGUAUGCCGAGCUCGACGAGAUGGGCGCUAGCACCGCCGAGGCCCGCGCGCGUGCCAUCCUGGCCGAUCUUGAUGUUUCAGAAGAGCAGCAAGAUGGCCCAGUCAGCCUCCUUUCCGGCGGUUGGCGCAUGCGUAUCGCAUUGGCCAAAGCCAUGUUUCUCAAGCCCGAUAUCAUGCUGCUCGAUGAGUGCACCAACCAUUUGGACAUUGGCGCCAUUGCCUGGCUGCAAGACUACCUAAAGUCGCUGACCGACAUCACUAUCGUAUGUGUGUCGCACGACCGCGAGUUCCUCAACGCUGUCUCGCAGGAGAUCAUCCGCUUCAAAGACAAGAAGCUCACUUACCACCCGGGCAACUACGAUGAGUUUGAGAUGGCCGAGGGCGAGCUGCGCAAGAAGAAGGAGCGCCAGAUCGCCGCCUUGGACCGGCGCCGCCAGCAGAUCGAAAAGUCCAUCGAAGGCUUUAUGAAGCAUGCUCGUGCAACCAACGACUCCAAGGUCCUGGGCCAGGUUGCUUCGCGCAAGAAGAAGCUCGAGCGCCUAGGUCCAGACAGGAACGAAGACGGAACCCGCUUCAAAAUCUCGUACUGGGCUGGAUACCACGAUACAAUGCGGAGGACUAUAGAUCUGGAUAAGGCUGAGAAAGAGGUCGACUUUAGCAUCCCACAGCCCGAGACGAUGCGAAGCACUGCGCCCCUGGUCACACUCAACAGCGUAUCAUUUGCCUACAAAGCUGGCAGCAAGGACGUUAUCCGCAACAUUAGCCUCAACAUUCUGAUGGGCGAGCGCGUUGCCGUGCUUGGUCUUAACGGCUGCGGAAAAUCGACUCUGGGCACUGUCGAGCAGCAUGCGCGUCUGCGGAUCGGCCACUACACACAGCACUUCGUCGAGCUGACCAAUGUCCAGGACUCGGGUCUGAAGAUGCUGAUGCGUGACAAUCCCUCAGCGGCGACUGCUAUCCGGCCAAUCUGCACCCUCAGCGGUGGCCAGCGCGCUCGCAUGGCUAUGGCGCUGAUGCUGUAUUCGCGGCCGCACCUGCUGCUGCUUGAUGAGGUCACCAACCAUCUAGACAUGUACGCUGUCGAGGGCCUUAUCAACGCGAUUAACGAGUUCGAGGGUGCUGUUGUUCUGAUUUCCCAUGACCGUCACUUUGUGCGCGAGACUGCUGAUGAUGUGUACUCGCUGGUUGAUGGCAACCUCACAUUGCUUGAGGACGGCGUCGACGAGUACAUCCAGUCAAUUGAAGGUGUUGAUUUUAACUGA